CUUUAAAUGAUCAAGUGGGCGCGGUCAACAACAUGUCACGUGAUUUGACACGGAAGUAGUCUCCAAAAGCAUCCCGGUUGCCUGCUCAGGUCAGUUGCAACCCAGACCGAGUCGCCUGUUUACAUAGUGCUGGUGAUGGCACACAGCCAGUGAGCUGUGUUUGUGUGCUCUCUCAGCUCUGGGCUGCACUCAUCCUUCUAGUUCAAUUAACCAAGUGAAAGUGUCAUGCCAGUCCCAGCUAUGGCAGAACCUAUGGUUGAUCACCAGAAACGCUUUCAGGCCGCUGUUGAUGUCAUCCAAAACCUCCCCAAAAAUGGUUCCUACCGGCCGUCUUAUGAGGUGAUGCUGCGUUUCUACAGUCUCUACAAGCAGGCGGUGUGUGGACCCUGUGCAGUGCCUCGACCUGGCUUCUGGGACCCAGUUGGUCGUUACAAAUGGGAUGCCUGGAGCCGCCUGGGAGAGAUGAGCAGGGAGAGUGCCAUGGCAGCAUACGUGGAUGAGAUGAAAAAAGUAGCACAGGAGGUCAUCGACACCAUGCCGAUGAAUGAGAAGACGGCCUCUCUCUUCCACCACUUUGAGCCACUCUACCUGGUGAUCGAUGACAUGCCUCGACCUCCAGAGUCACUGCUCACACUCGGAGAAGGUCUUAAAGGCGGUGACCACGCUAACGGCUCAGCAGAGAUGAAGGAUGAGGAUGAGGAGCAGGUUGGCCCUGUAGAAGACUCUCCUCUUCCAGAGCGUGCAAAGUCAGAUCAGGAGUUCAACCUGUCUGAGGUUCUCGACCUGACUGCCCACACCAUCCCUAUUGACUCUGUUGUGUCUGAGGGUUUGGUGUUGACCAGCGACUCGGAGAGCGAGAUCUUCUGUGACUCCGUGGAUUCAGUGGAGCAACUCAGCAACAUAAAGAUUCCAGUUAUCAAGUCCAAUGGUUUUCAUAGCGGCCACGUGUCCUCGGAGUCAUCUCCAUUUCCGAGUCAGCUUGAAGGUCGCCUGGAGGUCAGGCAGGUUGGAGCAGGUCAGGGUGGAGAAGGGGCGGAGGAUGGAAAGGGUCAGGGUCCCAACAGAAGGGGUCGAGACACCGGGCGGGAAGGUUCCUACCACAACUGGAGAGAACGUGGUGUUCCUCAGGGCAGUCCAAGGCAGGGGGCCUUGGGCGGCGGCGGUGGUGGUGCCGGACGAGGAGGGGGUGACGGUUCAGAGGGCGGGGUUGAGAGACUGCAUGACACCCAACUGCAGCAGCAGAUCAUCGUGGCCCUGCGGAGGCUGAGGGAGGACAUGAGGAGUGUGAUGGAGAGGCUGGAGGUGGUGGAGAGGCUCGCUGCCACACACAGCCUGGGUUCAGAAUGGAGACCAUGCCUGCAGUGUGCAGCAGCAGCACAACAACAGGAGGAGCAGUGGUGGCCAUUUGAUGUCUCAGGCCAGACUGUCCUUCUCUUCCUGUUGUGGCCAUUUGUCGCUCAGGGUGUGGUCUACCUGCUGAGGAAAGCCCAGAAGAGAAGUCGCAUACCCUCAUGAAGGGAGAUGAUAACGACAUUUAACCAUUCACCUACAGCAAUCCACCGAAGCAAGUUUAAUUUCUGCAGCAGAAAGGACUGAAUCAGAAUUCACGGGAGGGGCUUCGUCCUCUCUCACCGAAUGGAGGGAGAGCGGCUUGUGGACUUCCUGUCCACUUGGAGAGAAGCAUGACUGGCUGUGUUUACACCUCAGGAUCCAGAAAUCCUCUCACUCACUACAGCAAAUAAAUCUUUAUUUAAAUUAUUCCAAUGGAUUCAUCAACUGGCUUCUGUUGGGCAACAGGAAGUAGAUACUGGCCAGAAUCAAAAACUUGGAUUAUAUGGUUAUAUUUCCAAGUUGGAGAGGCAUCUAAAUCCACCAUAUUCCAUUUGCUAAUUGACAGAAUGUUAAUAGUGUCAAAAACAGCACAAUGCAGCCAAAGUAUCUGCUUUCCACUGAAGAAGAAGAAGUCAAUCUACAGAUGAAGUCAUGUUGUUGCAAUAAUGUCACCGUCACUUUGAAAUCCACCGUCUCUGCUUGACUACACUUGUCAUUUCAGUGUAGUCUUUCAGAUGUGAUUCUUGACCUCUGAUUGUUAAUAUUGAAGUCUUACAAUGGAAUUAUUUUCAGUGCUCUGGUGCUCCGUUUCUUAGACUCUCCUGUGUACAUUACUCACAUCUAGAAUACGACUUCUGAUCGCUGACUGUAAUUAUGUGUCCAAUUUUGUGUAUCCAGUGCCAGUGUAAACACAGUCAGAUUGUUUUGAGGCAUCUGGAGUCAUCUGUUGUGAAUCCGGGUACAAUCAAAUGAUUAAGUGCGCUGCAAUGACAAGUGUAACUGAGACUGUUGUCAGUAAAUGAUGGAAGAACUGUUUUCACAACUGCCCUGCAGUGAACAGUCAUAUAUAAUACUUAAGCAUGAGCUCAAAUUAAAAAAAGUCUAUAUUG